UCAGAUUUCUUUGAUAUUGAAAAGCUGAUAAGACAAUAGAUGCUUCUUUUACUUCUAGCAAUUCGAAAAUUUGCUGAUGAAGUUCAACAAUUCAGACGGAUAAUUUUUAACGGUUUUCCAGGAUUUUUAUAUGACGAAAAAUGAACGUCAAAAAUUUCUCAGAAGUUCCUGUGAUGUGGCAGCCGGAUCCAGGCAAUGGAAAAAUAAUGCAGAAAUUUAAAAAUAUAAUCAAAGAAAAAUAUCACGUAAAAAUUGACAACUACUGGGAGUUUCAUCAGUGGUCAAUCAAUCACAUUCAGGAGUUAUGGGCUGAAUUGUGGGACUAUUCCGGAAUAAUAUACUCGAAAAAAUUCAACAAGGUGGUGGAUCUUAAUAUUCCUCUCGAAGAUUCGCCAUCUUGGUUCGAAGGGGCAGCUGCAAAUCUUGCUGAAAAUUUACUUAAAUACAGAGAUGAUAAAAUAGCAUUUGUGCUUGCGGGUGAAGAUAAAGAAACUGAACACCUGACGCGUGCUCAAUUAUAUGAGGAAUCGAAAUUAUAUGCUGCUGCUUUCCGAAAAUUUGGUUUGAAGAAAGGAGAUGUCGUUGUGUGUCAAAUGUCCAACAGAAAAGAAGCCAUUAUUGCCAUGAUUGCUGUGGUCAGUAUUGGGGCCAUCUGGACAGGUGCUUUACCCCUUUUAGGAGCUAAGGCUGUCCUCAACAGAUUCAAGCAAGUUGAGCCUAAGAUUUACUUAACAAUAGAUUCCAUUCCCCAUGAGCGGAAGCGUAUCGACAUGCUGCCAAAAAUCAAAGAAAUCACUGAAGGUUUGCCGACACUGACCAAAGUUAUAAUAGUACCCUCCAAAGAAGAUUCGCAUUCUAAAAAUAUUAGUGACAUUAAAAACAGUUGCUUUUUAGACGAAUUUUUGCAGCUUGGCACAGAAAAAGAUGGUUCUGUUCCCCCCAUGAAAUUUGAACAAGUAGAUUUCACUCAUCCAGUAUUUAUUAUUUACACAUCUGGAACAACUGGACUGCCAAAAGCAAUUGUGCAUGGAACUGGGUUCAUUUUGGCAAUAUUUAGAGAUUUCUCGAUGCACUUGGACGGUGGGGAGGAUAGUGUCUGGUUUUCUUCUUCCCCUGUUGGCUGGGUAUCGUGGAAUUGCUAUGCCUGUCUUCUAUUCUUUGGUGCAAGAAUUGUUCUUUUCGAAGGAUCAGCUUUUUUCUUAAGUCCAACACAUUUUUGGGAUUUGAUAGACGAACACAAAAUGACACACCUGUUCAUUCCAACCAGUGUUCUCGACGAAUAUCAAAAGAGAGGAUAUAUUCCAACAAAGAAUCAUAGCUUGGACUCCUUAAAGGUAUUUUUAGUUGGCGGAACAGUUGCAAAGCCCCAAAUUUACGAUUUUGUGUAUGAAAAGGUGAAAAAGAAUGUCCUUUUUGCGUCUUCUUUUGGUUCAACUGAAACUAUUGGAUCAGGUUUUAUAGCCGACGUCACGUUGCCAGUUCACAAAGGAGAAAUCCCCGCUUUCAGUCUAGGUGUUAGUGUAGAGACUGUUGACGAUAAUGGUAAACCUGUGUUUGGUGAAAUGGGAGAGAUUGUUAUAACAAAACCAAUACCGAAUCUGGCUUUAGGUUUGUGGAAAGACAAAGAUAAUUCUUUAUAUCGAGAGAAAUACUUUUCCAAAUAUCCAGGAAAAUUUGCUACUAAUGACUAUGGAAUAAUAAAUCCAUUCACUAAAGGUUUAAUUAUUUGUUGUCGAAGUGAUGAAACAUUGAAACAAAGAGGUUGCCGUUUUGGAAGUUCAGAAAUUUAUAACGUCGUGGACACAUUUCCAGAAGUGAGAGACAGUCUUUGUGUAUCUCAGUAUAACGAGAAAAUGGAUGAGAGAGCAGUCUUGUUUCUGAAGAUAAGAGAAGGUUACAGUUUCAGUGAUGAACUAGUCAGCAAAAUUCGGGAAGCUAUUGCCCGUGAGCUCACUAUUCGUCAUGUACCUGAUGUGAUUCUUGAAAUAAAGGACAUACCUUAUAACAUUAAUGGCAAGAAAUUGGAAAUCAUCGUAAAGAAAAUAAUCAAUAAUAGACCUUACAAUGCUGAAAAUAUCAACAACACAGAGUCUUUGAAGUAUUAUCAGAACAUUCCACAGCUCCAAGGAUUUUGAUAUAUAAGUUGGUACAAUUAAUAAAGAAAGCAUACUUAUAAUAUUUCUCUUUAACCGAGAAUAUAAGAAAAUAAUUAUCUCCUUAUAGUUUUAUUCAAAACAAAACUCAUCUUAAAAUCUUGUUGAAAAUCUAAAAGUCUUUUACAAUUUGAUUGUUUUCUUAUUCUCAUAACUGUUUUUAUGUAAUACCAUUAAUAGUUUUAUUACUCGAGUUGUAUUGUUUGAUGCUCUUAUUGCCGAAGUAUUCAUUAU